ACUGAUUACCUACUGACUUCACGUGAAAUAAUAAGUGUCGACGAAAAGAGAGCAGCGUCGCGAUGACAGUUUCUUUGGGCUAUCGGCAGACGUGAACGCGUCGUGCGCUAGUAAAUCGACAAGUUCCAUAUACACCGACACGGGUGUACGAAGAAGUGCUUAGACCUGCGCCGAUGGCGAACAUGCUUGAGCUUCGGUUUUGAUGUCGCUGCACGGGGAAUCGCCGCUUUCCGACACCGAGGGGGAAGAAAUCCAGGCGAUAGCGUACGAGACGUUUUCGGAAGUCUCGGCUUCGUGUGGCAGCGUUCAGCGAAACCCAAACCAUCGGGACAAGACGAACGACGACGAUGGCGUUACGGAGGUUCAGCCCAGAGAGAAGUCUGCGAGGGGCUUCGCCAAGAAGGCAGAUUUUGUCGACAAGAUCAACGACGACGUUGCCACGACGAGCAGCACCAGCAGCAACAAUGACAUAUGCAGAAUCUGCCACAUGGGAAAUUCAAGGUCGACUCAGAGCUUCUUAGGCGAGCACGGAAAUCGAGACGCCAACCCUAACGCCGGCAGCCGAACCUCAUCCUGCAACCUCAAUCUUGGCCUACUGGUUUCCGCCUGCAGAUGCCGUGGCACAGUAGGCCUGGUGCACACCAAGUGCCUCGAGCGCUGGCUGACCGAGUCCGGGCACACUCGCUGCGAGCUCUGCGGAUACAGAUACGCGACGAUCCGGGUGCCUCGCCACGGGAUCCUCCGCAGCAUCCUCAUUUGGAUCAAGACCUUUGUCGCCACCCGCCAAAUGCUUCUGGACUCGCUCUACCUCGUGGUCACGACGCCCUUGGCCGUCUUCUCCGCCUACGUAUGCGCCAGGACCUUGAAAAUGGCCCUGGAGAACAGGAUAGGCGAUAUCCCCUGGACCAUCGUUGCCAUGCUGCCCACCUGCUCGCUCACGCUCGUCGCCUACUGGGGUUGGCUGCUCACGCUUCAAAGAUUGCACGGCCGUCGGUGGCGUCAGUACUGGCAGAGCAACUUCAUCGUCCAGCUAGUUCCCGAUAGCCCCAUCCUGGCGAACCAGAGCAGCGAAGAUCUCGAUUUCCAGCAAGAGGAUGUUUACGAAGAUCUGCCAGACAUUUUCAACAUGAUCUAGCGCUGAUCGCCCGCUGUUUGCUUUGUAUAGAGGCCGAUUUCCGCCAACCGGCGCCUGCGAUAACAACAAAAAAUAAGACCCGCUCUCACAAUAAACAAGCAAAGACUUGAAAAAAA